CAAGAUAUCUGAUCUCGGGAAAACAACUACGCAUGGUGCUAGCCACCGCACUGCUAUCCUGUCAUUUAACAUGUCAGCGGCGGUAUUUGCGUCCGCGGGCAUGGUUCUGUUCUCUUGUUAGCCACGACGACUCUCUCCCGGGACUCGAUGCUUGCCGCCGCGGGCCUUGCUUCACAGUCUUCGUAGUCAUUGCGACGAGUGGCCGCCUCCUGCUUAUGCGCAUAUGACCACCGUAGGGUAUAACGUGGUAGUGCUUGCUGACCUCGCACAGGAUCGGGGACUUCACGCAACUGCGGCAUUGGCGUGGCUGGUUUAUGACUACAUGUUAUCAUUUGAGAACGAGGUGGAUCUGAUCUGGAGUUCUGAGGAUACAGUCCCUAAGCUUCUUUACUUUGUUUCGCGAUACUUCGGACUUAUCGUGCAAUGCAUGGCCUGCGCUGACAUGCCACGACUUUACUGUCGCAAUGCGCUGAUAUGGACUAGCAUAUCGUUGUUCACCCUUGUGUUUUGCGUCGAGUUCAGCCUGAUGCUCAGGAUAUACGCGCUGUAUGCACGAAGUCGUUUAAUCUUGCUUAUUCUCAGCAUCGCAUUCGUUGUGGAGACAUUGUGUGUCAUCCUCAUAAGUAGCAUCGGCUACAAUGAGUUUGCCCAUGCGAUCGUACCCUAUCCUUCGGACUGGCCAAUCGAGGGAUGCUACUACCCACCGACCCCUUCAUGGUUCCACGGCACCUGGCUACCCUUAGCAUCAUUUGAGACUCUUCUGUUCGUUCUAAUGGCCGUCAAGGUGUAUUUGUAUCGACCAUUAGGGGAGCUUCCCAUUUUGCAGCGAGUACUUCGGGACGGCACCAUAUAUUACUUUGUCAUACUCGUCGCCUUUCUCCUUUGUACUAUUGGAUCCUAUACGUCCAAUACAUUCCUCGGAGUUAUGAUCACGGUUUGGAUAUCUGCAAUAUUGUCAUUCUCGGGUGCCCACCUCCUUCUCAGCAUUCGCACUCUUGCCGCGAAGCGUCAACGACAGGAGGUCGCGACGCCAGACAUCUCGGCAGACGUGCCGGUCAUCAGCCAAGGCCUGAGCAGACCUGACACGGACGCUCAGCGGUCUCCAUUGGAGUUCCAUGAGCUCGUACCCCGUUCGCCUCAACGCGCGCCUUCCCUCCCGAGGCCUGUGAUAGAUCGUCAAGCCCCAGACUCCGAAUGCCUACCAUGUGGUAGAAACCCGACCUGGCUACAACGUUGGGAAUGUACGUGAAUAAAUGUAUGAGUACUUGACGCAUUUUCUUGGACAUUAGGACUAUAGUACACGUAUCAUCGACGUCGUAAUGCUAUCUUGACGCAACUGCUUUCUCUGUCGCUCGACCGCUUUCGCGUGUACACCUUACCAUCGUUGUUCUCGUAUCUCAGAC